AUGGAUCAUGGUAGAUUGCAAAUGCACUGCUCCAACACCACCGAGGUUCACUUGCUGAGGUUUUGGGAGGCCGGAAAUGUGAGGAAAGACGGUGAGCUCAUGAGUCUAGAUAUGCUCCUCAACGACGAGAAUUUGACGGUUAUUCAAGAUUCUGUUAAUGUGAAUCGUCAAUUCAUGUUCAGGCAGUGUCUCAACGAGGGGUCAGUCUACAUGUUGAGCGGGUGUGAUGUAACACGCAGCAACCCCAAAUUUCCGGAUGUUACAUGCCCCUUUCUCCAAUAA